AUGAGAUAAGAGUUGACAUUUGAUGAGCAUCGGACCUCGCUUUGUUUUCGCUGGUGAGGCUGGAUGCUGAGGCUCACUUGACUGACGGGAACAGAGUUACAGAUGGAACGAACAAGAAUCUCACCAUGGGCAGGAUACACCGAUGUACCUACUGUACCUACUACACUGUCCAGUCCUCUCAUUUAACAAAUCACAUGCGAACACACACUGGAGAAAAACCCUUUGCCUGUCCUCACUGCCCAUUUCGUUGCUCCCAAAAUGGGAAUCUUAAAAUUCAUCUUCGUAUACACACUGGGGAGAAGCCCUAUAAUUGUCCACAUUGCCCAUAUCAAGCCUCAAUCAGCAGCCAUUUAAAACGACACUUAAAAAUUCAUACAGUGGAGAAACCAUUUUCUUGCCCUCAUUGUCUUUAUCAGACUACCAAUGGUAGUGAGCUAAAGAAACACAUACUUAUACAUUCUGGCUAGAGUUUGUUAUGCUUGGUGGGUGUCUACCUUCCUACAGUAAAUAGAUCCUUUAUUUAUGGAUAAUAUUAAACUUUAUUUAUAUUUCAAUGAAGUAGAUUUUAUAUUCAGAAUAUUUUUCUUAGGUCUCUUACUAUUUAUAAUUAUUGCACCUAUUUGUGGCUAUGUGAUUAUACAGUGGACCCCUGACUUACAAUCAGCUCCCAACUCGAACAAUUCGUAAGUUUAUUUUUGUAAGUGCUUUUGUAAGUGUAUUUUUGGGGGUCUGAAAUGGACUAAUCUAAUUUACAAUAUUCCUUAUGGGAGCAAAUUCGUUCAGUAAUAGCACCCAAACAGCUUUCUGGAACGAAUUAAUAUCGUAAGUCGGGGGUCCACUGUAGCUACACUUGAGGCAGCCCUUCUCUUCAGUUACCAUAGGGGUAUGUCAGGUGAUAGGUUUACCUGUUUGUAAUUAUUUAUUUGAAUUUACAGCAGGGCUUUGUUCAUGACAUCCUGCCUUCUUUAAUUGUUAUCUUCAUUUUUACAUUUUCAGUGGAUUUCAUUACACUAUUAGCUGUUUCAGCUAUCUGUACUACCAGUAUUUAAAAAGUAUUAUAAUUCAUUCAUUUCAACUUAUUUAUUUAUAUUUUAAUAUUGUGGUCCUUUGUUCUUCCUGUUGGUGAUUCUAAAAAUUUUUCUCUAUCUGCUUUUUCAUAUUUUUAUAAAUUUAUAUUUGAUUACUAUGUUUUCCUUAUUCCUUUAUAUUCCAAAGACAUUUACAAAGCUUCUUUUCUUUCUCUGGUAGGUCAUUUUGAAGCUCAAGGAGCCAUUUUGUUGCAUAUUUUCUUGUGUUUUAUCUGUUUUUCUUUAGGGCCAGUCUCCAUACUGCAGCUACACUCUCAGUAAUACAUUGAUGUGAUCUCCUGUUGAUAACCUGCUAUUCUUUAUCAUUCAAUUUUUUUCACACACUUUUAGGAUUAUAUUGCAAUUCUCUUUCCAUUUUCACCCAUUUCAAUUAUUUGAUAAUCAUCAGUGUUAAAUUCCAUCAUCCAUUUAUUAUGUUUCUGUCUUAAUUUAUGUAAAUUUUCCUCCAGUGAUGCAUAUUUUCAUCUGCAAGUUCUGCAGUCGUAUAUAUUUGUAGUAAUUAGUUAUUCCAUCUGGCCCAUCAUCUGUACAGAUGAAGACCAUCACUGGGGCCAGUAUGGAUCCUUGUGGUACUCUUCUAGUCACUCUGCACUGUACGGAUGACUUUCCUAUUACACUCUCACUCUUCUUAUCAUUUCUCCUUGAGGGGUCAUUGUUUUCCCAUCUAUUUCACAUAUCAGGAAUUUUGCUCUAGCUCUCCUUUCUACAAAGAUUGCUUCUUCUUCUUUUCUCUCUCUCUCUCUCUCUCUCUCUCAUUCAUUCGCAUGCAUGCACACACAUACAUGCACACACAUACAUGCACACACACAUGCAUGCACAUACACACAAAUACUGAUGAUUAUUGUAACUUUAUUAGUGAUAUUUUCAUGCCUUUUUUUCUGCUCAUGCCUUUUUUUUCUGCAACUGCAUUUACUGAUACUGUUUGUUUUUUAUGUAGUUUGUAACAUCAGUAGUUUGGAACUUCUACCUGAAAUCACUACUGCUUCCUGACCAGCAUGAUAACUCCACUUACUGUUUUUCUAUUUAGAAAUCACCUGGGAGACUGGCAUUUGUCACCAUUUCCCUUAAUUUGAUGUUGCGGGAGAGUGACGAUGUGGGUUCUCCGGGGGACAGAGUAGCAGGACCUAUCAACGCCAACUGCAACAACACCAAGCUGCUUCGAUGUCCUAACUGCCCAUACUCCACCAAUCAAGAUGCACACUUUCUGGAACACUGGCUCACACAUGGCUGGGAAAAUACUUUUUCAUGUCCAUUCUGUCCAUAUAAAGCAUCUGAUUACAACCAGUUGAAAAGACAUUUCCGUAUGCACACUGGAGAGAAAUCAUUCUCCUGUCCUCAUUGCCCAUACGUAACUAUUGAUAGUAGUAACCUGAAAAGGCACAUUCGAACACACACUGGUGAGAAACCGUAUUCUUGCCCACACUGCCCUUAUCAGUCUUCCUUAAAGGGAAAUCUAAAUAGACAUUUGCGUAGUCAUUUAAAAAUCAUACAGCUAAAGGAAAGAACUAUCAAUAAGAGAGCAGAUCUGUCUACUUUUCUGACAGUAGAACGUCAUCCAGUCUUCUAUGACUUUUCUGGUGUCACAGUUUUGUCCAAUGUGGGGCUGGAUAGUGAAGCUGAGCAGCACAGCGGAGGUGGAGCUGUAGGUCGAGGGAGGAGCGUAACCACUAGCAGGAAGCUCCACCAGUGCCCCGUCUGCCCCUACACUACUACUAAUCGUUCCCAUUGGAUAGUGCAUUACCGAACUCACACUGGGGAAAAACCAUAUGCCUGCCCAUACUGUUCGUAUGAGGCUGUUGCAAACAGUGAUCUUAAGAGACACAUUCGUAUUCACACUGGAGAAAAACCUUUUUCUUGUCCACAUUGCUCUUAUCAAACUGCUGUCAGUACAAGUCUCAAAAGACAUAUUUUGACUCAUACUCGUUAAGAUUUGUUACAAAAGAUCUUAACUUUAUGCAUGUGUCUGUGUGUAACCACUUAAAUUUUACUCAGUUGUGCUUGAGUUGGUAAAGUGUUCGGCUAACAACUGGAAGGACCUGAAUCUAUUGUUGGGUGGGGCGAGAUUUAAAAGUUUUAUCUAGCAGACAAUGCAUACCUUGGAGGUAAUAGACCCUGGGGUAGUAUCUUGGGAGUGGGCCUAAAAACAAAACUUAUGUAAAUACAUUGCUUGGCUUUCUUGGGUUAUUGAUCAUCUAAGGUUACUAAAUCAAAUAAUAUCUUCUUAACCCUUUGUGGGUCGAGAGGCCCAUUCCCAAAUUAGUUCUCAGGGUCGAAAAAUUUUCGAAAAAAAAACAAAAAAAUUAUUUUUUCUCGUGAAAUGAUAGAGAAUCUUUUUCCAAUCAUAAUGACACCAAAAGUUUGAAAUUUGAUGGCAAACCUAUGGAACUAUGGUCUUGCAAAGUUAGCAGUCUCGAUGAUAAUUAUGCAUUGGUGAUUUUGCUUUUUUUGAGCCCUAUUUUUGGCAAAUUCCAAUGUUCCAGUCUACUAAAAUCAUAGCUAUUUUGCUAGAACUCCAUUUCUUCUAUUGAUUGAGUAACAAAAACUGCCCAUUUACCAAUUUCAACUACUCAAUAAAGUGGUCAGAAUUUGGCAAUUUGACCAGUUUCACACAAAUUUCAAAAGAUGCCAGUUUCAAAAUAGGGUCCAGAAUAAGCAAGACAGACAUUCCUAGCACUAAAAUAACAUAUUAUCUGUUCAUUAGUCACGUCUCCAGGCCUGUCUUACAUUACUUUUGCUUUCCGCUUUGAAUUUUCAUUCUCACAAAAAAUAGAAGAUUUACUUUUAUGUAUACUACUGCAUCAUUGCAAAAACGGCAUAAAUAAUACCAGCGCACUUGUGAAAGAAUAUUAGACUCACCAGUUGAUGUGUAUUGGACUUGGGGCAUGAUUUGUUUACUCUUGAACAUUGGCAAAAAAUCAAACAUUUUUGCUACUUUGAGCUCAAUUUCAAGUAUGUACUUGUCAUCAUGAAAAAAUCAAAAUUAUCUCUAUUUCUGUAAUGUAUCUUCCAUUCUGUCAAAUGAGACCAAGAAAACGAGAAUACAACCAUAAAUACCAUACAAAAAUACACUUGAAAGUCACUGAUUUAAACCAAAAACACAGUUUUUUUUUUUUCUCAUUAUGCAAAUCCUGCGUGUUCAGGAUUUUUUUAUACUGUGCACACUGACCAUGCAGACCCAUUCUUUCAUAUGUAGGACUGCCAACUUUCUUCCGCCAGAUUUGAAGUACGUGACCAACCCUGGCUGCAAUGACGUACAAGUACUACAUGACCGACCCUCAAAGGGUUAAUAAUGCCCUAACUUAUUGGGAUUUGCCAUAUCUUAAUUUUAAUCUGAGUAUGAAGAUGGCUUCCAUUAUCUCUCCUAGGGCAUUCCACUUGCUCCUGAUCCUUAACAUUAAAGAAAUUUCUUAUAACCCUUUGUCUCAUCUGAAUACAUAUAUUGUUAACUAUUAAAGUUAAUUUAUGACUCACGAAAUCGUAAUGACACGAUUGCAAACAAACCAUACCGCGGGCGGGGAUAGAACCCGCGAUCAGAGAGUCUCAAAACUCCAGACUGUCGCGUUAGCCACUGGACCAGCUAACUUUGAGGGGACUUGAGCUAGAGUUUGUCACGGCCACGCUAGCUGGAGAUUCGUCUGCAAAAACUUGCGUUUGUGGUCACAGUGGUGCCUAUGCUAACCUUCCUAUGGUGUAGAAAUAUACCUAGUUGGACAAAUCUUAUUGUGGCUAGCUGGUCCAGUGGCUAACGCGAUGGUCUGGAGUUUUGAGACUCUGAUCGCGGGUUCUAUCCCCACCCAUGGUAUGGAAAGUUAAUUUACUCUUGUUCACAGUGUAAAACAGCUUAUCAUUUUCUACAUUGCUUGUGCCCCUGAAUAUCUUCAAUGUUGUGACAAUGUCUCCUUUCCAACAUGAAAGAUCUUGAUCUCUUAGUCUAUUGUCUGUGUUCAUAGCCCUGGUGCAAACCUUAAUGUGAUAUACUAAUUUCAUGUGUUUUGUAUACACAAGUAUAGGGCAUGUUUUAAUAUUUGUAAUCACAGCACUUGUUUCUAUUAUCUACUUGUAGCCACAAGUAGAGAGAUACCUAUAGUGUCUGUCUUCAGUCAUUAUAAAAAAUAUUUAUUUUCCACUGGUUGUAGCACUUGUUACUUCCACCUGGGUCUCACUGCAGUAUUCUGCCACUCUAGUUGUUAAGAACUUUCUACUGUCAUUUUGGCACCACUUUUUAUCAGUUUAUCAUUGUGGCAUCUUUUCCUCCCUGUUGAUGGCACUAAGCAAUUUUCUGUUGAUUUUCUUAUAUCCUUUCGUAAUCUCUCAGUAUGGGGUUAUCAUGUCUCCUAUUUUCUUUCUAUCUGUCAAUAAAUCUUUCUACUUAAUUUAUACUUUUUAGCUCUGAAAGUCAUUUUUGUAGCAUGUCUUUGACUUCUUGUCUUUCCACCUCUAGAACUCUUUAAGUUUGGCUGAAACCCUUUGUAAAUGUUGCCUAUACCAUAUUAUAUCAUGUGAUUAAUUUAUUUUUCUGUUUCUGUUUGUUAAUUUUGUAUGGCCUCAAACUUUUAAUACGGUAGUUCAUCGUUUAUCUGUUUUUGUUUUUUUUGUUUAAUUUACAUUAUCAGCCAUGUCUGUCUGUCAUUAGCAAGUGUUAAGUGGUUAUUUAGGAUUGUUAUUUAUUUUUUCCAAACUUUUAGUCAUGGGUAUAUUGCUUUUCUUCCUUGUAGAGUUAAAUGCAGUAUUUUUUCACCUCUCAAAAACAACUUCUCACAGUAUUGUUGUAUAGCCUGACUAGGAAAGGAUGAUGUUACAUUCAGCCAUUUGAAAAUCUUGUUAAUAAUGUUUGGAAUUCAAAGCAUUGACUAUGAACAUGACUUACAAACUCCAAAUCUGUUAAAACUAUGAUGAAAUACUGUAGAUAAUUUGUUUAUCAUUGCUGAAUCUGGUGUAAAUUGGGUUUACAUAAUAAUACAUCCAUGAGGUUCAUACAGAUUUCCCUCCACAUUCGCGAGGGUUAGGGGAUCAAGAACCUCGCUAAUGUUGAAAAAUCGCGAAUGUUUGGUGCACAAAUAUAUUUUAGAGAAUAUAAUAAUAACAUUUACUUAGUCUAACAAUACUGCUUCCUUAACCUACUGAACCAUGAACAAUCAUAAAACACAUGAAAACAUCAUAAAAUAUUGUAGUAGUGCCAGCCCUUUGGUAAAGAAGGUGAGAAAGACUAUAAAAUUCAAGAAAGAACUUGUAGCAGAGUACCAAAGUGGAGGAGGAAGAGAGAGGGGAGAAUGUGCCUUCUUCAGUGAUUCUGCGAUAUGUACGAUACUAAAACAGCACAAGUCGAUAAAGGCUGUAGCGCCAGCCAACGAUAAAGUGUAGCAUUAACAGUGUAGCAAGUAAGUUAAGUGAUUAAUCAAUAGAAAAAGGACAGCACGAACCUAACUCCUCCAGUGUUGUUGGAGUUAUAUAGGGCAACCGACAACACCGCUGUCUCUACCACCUCUGCUGCUGGGUUCACCACCACUAUGUAAGCCUUAUGCUCUCAGUGGCCCUUAUACACCCAACAACAACAAUGCAACAACACUCGUGACAUACUCAAUGACAUAUUUUAUUCAUUAUAAAGUAUAUGUCAUGUUUCUAUGUUAUUAAUAUUGUUUAUUAUAUCAUAUUAGAUGAAUUGUGAUAGAUAAAUAAGCCGUAGAGUUGAUAUUGGUGUCAUAUUGAAGGACUAUCGUGUCCUAUCUCCAAACAAACUCUGCCACCACCACAAUUCCUAACAUAUGUAAUGACAUAUUUUAAAUAUGAUUGGGCAGCUGGGCAUUCGUGAAUGUUCGAAGCUCAAGAAAGUGGAACUCGCGAAUGUGGAGGGAGACCUGUAUUCACUAGGAUGAACAAAUGAAUGUCCAUAUGUGGCAGUCAGACUGAUGUAGUUGGAGUUUCAUGUGGUUACAUUUUCUAAGAGAAAGGGAGGGAAAGGAUAUAUGGUCAUGUCUUCUCAGUGGCCACAUAGUAACUAAGUAGUCCCUUACUGUGGGGCACAAAGCAUAAAAGAUUUGUUUUUAUAGGAUAAAUUACUGGAGCUUGUGGCCCAGGAGCAGGAGGGAUGAGAAAGACAAAGUUAAAGAGGGAGAGAAGCAAGAGUCAUGGUGGUACAGUAACUAAGUGGUCCUAUGCUGUAGGGAAUGAAGCAAAUGUUCACAUGCUAUCUUGGUGAUUGCUUUAGUUAUUUUUACUUUUGGUGGAGAGAGUUGAUACGCUUUUAUAAAAAGUAUUCCAAAUUCAAUCGGAGAAUUGAUUUUGAUAAACGUAAGUGGUCACUCGCAGUAACUAACCAUCUUGUAACAGAAUGUUGAUUAUAACUGAGUUUUUGUUGUAUGCAUGAGAAAAAAUUUUUUAGUGUCAGUUUUUGUUAAAGACUUACCAAAAAAAAUCAAAAUUGAUUUGUUUAUUUACAAUAUGUUCAUUUUAUGCAUGUGUGAUAGACUCACAUUUGUUUGGUAGAGUUUAAAAAAUUAUGACUAUUAAACCAAAGGGAAAGGGAGGGGAGGAGGAGAACACGUAAACAACGAAGAUGCAUAUACAGGACCUGGAUGUACUUUGCCAAUAACACACUGCAGAGAUCUUGAUAAAUUAGACACAUGUGCAACACUUGGGUAUCUUUAAUGAGGAAACGUUUCGCCACACAGUAGCUUCAUCAGUCCAAACAAAGGAGAAUGGUGAAGAACAGGAGGAGUUUGAGGUAAUCAGUCCCUUAGCCUUGAGUCGAUGCGAUCAGUCCAUCAAUCUUGAAAAGAAUACAGCAUAUCUGUGGAGAAGUAGCUUAUAUGCCAUUGGCAGGAGAGGUGCAGCAGUCAUAGGUGGUAUCACAUUUGUCCAGUGUGGAAGUAGGUCAUGCCCAAGAGUUAGGCAAGUGAAGAAUUCCCAAGUAUUAAGAUCCCAAGAUGUUGCUGUGUCAGACAGGAAUGUAGAUGAAUGGUUCAGAGAACUGACAAGUUGAUGAAUUAGACACAUGUGCAACACUUGGGUAUCUUUAAUGAGGAAACGUUUCCUCAUUAAAGAUACCCAAGUGUUGCACAUGUGUCUAAUUUAUCAACUUGUCGGUUCUCUGAGCCAUUCAUCUACAUGCAGUGAUCUUAUUUAGAGUCUGCCUGUGUUGUCAUGUUGAAGCAUGUAAAGAAAGAGGGAAUAGUAGAUUGGAAAGGCAGAUGGUAGAAGACUUGUAGCGUGGUGAGAAAUACUGUAGGAGUGAGAUAAGGGAGAAAGAGAGGGAUCCAUAUGGUACUGUACUUUAAAAUUGAGAGGCUGAUGAAUGCAGUGUCUUGGUUGAGAAGUCAUUUCAUCUCUUACAAUGAUUAGCAUUACAGCUAAUAAUUUUUUUUUUAAUUAUGUAGCAUAAUACUUUUCAUUAUAUGAAAAACACACAGCAGUGCUUAUAGUUAAUGUGAUAAAACACUUGACAAAAAGCAGUGGUAUUAUGGGACAACUCAUGAAAAAGUUCACAGCAUUAUGUAACAACUCAUUUAAAGGAUCUGGAGCACAUUUUAUAGAAAAGAAAAAUUAAUCCUUUGUGUGUGCACGUGUGUGUGUGUGUGCACGUGUGUGUGUGUGUACAUGUGUGUGUGCACAUUGUGUGUGUGUACAUGUGUGUGUGUGCACAUUGUGUGUGUGUGUGUAUUGUACAAGUACCAUUUAUAAAAUUUGUUGAAGAUCAUACUUUUCUCUUCAGUUUUUGUAUAUAAACAACCUCAAAUCUAAUAAAAAAAGCACAUGUUUUGAGAGUUAUUAUUACUAUGUGAUAUAUUAUUAAGCAUACAUGGAUGUACAGUAAAGUGAAGUUUAUGUAUAGUACAUAUUCAGAAUAUAAUUAUUCAUGUUAAGUUCUAUGUUCAAUUAUGAAAAAAUUAAUAAAUAGCUUAUAAUUAA